GUCGGCGAGGCCGACUUGGGGAACACUGGCCUCGUGGUGUACGUCGGCGGCCUCUCGGCGCCCUCCCCGGCCUCCGCCGUGGCGGCCCGAGGACAGCCCGGUCGUGGGGCCCGGUGGAUUUGCUUCCCGUGCCACGGCUGCUCGACCGACGCCCUGGCGUUCGUCGCCGAGAACUGCGACACGGUGGACAGCGCGUGCCUGCUCUGGCAGGGCGUGGGCAGCCUCACCGUGGAGAACUACACCGCCCACCUCGGGAACGCCACAGCCACAGGCGGCCUCGCGGCGCAGUGCGCGCGCGCCAUCGACGCCGCGGCCGGCGUCCGGACGCGCACGGUGGCGCUCGCGCCCGGCGGCCACGGCGACUGGUGCGCCGCCUUCGACGGCAGCCCGCUGCAGACGGGGCAGAACUACAGGAUAUGCACGGACCUCGACGGGCAGGCAGACGCGCUCCGCAGCGGCGUGGCUGGCGAGGUCUAUGUCGCCCCGCCGGGCAUGCUCUCCGGCGGAGUCGUGCCGCCCUCGAUUUCGGCGGGCGCGGGCAUGCGCUCCGUGGAGGUCGCUUGCUCGCACGCCCACUGCACGCAGCUGUCCUCGGUUUUCCUGGAGCCGCGGGCGUGCAGCGAGGGGCCCACAGUCCCCGGCGUGGUGGCGCAGCCGCUGGCGCCGGUCGCCGGGACGGGCUGGCGGCGGUGGGCCGCCCUCGUGAACGCCUCCGCCCUGUCACCCGGCGCGCACUACAAGCUCUGCCUCGACGUCGACGGCAAGGAGCCCGCCUUCCCGCCCGGGGACACCGGGCUCCGCGUCUACGCCGCGCCCCUGCUCGGGGCGGGCCCGCUGGUGCUGCAGCCGAAGGCGGCGCAGCUGCUGCGCCUGCCGUGCCCCGCGUGCUCGGCGGCGACCACGGCGCCCGGGAGCAACGGCAGCAGCGUCGCCCCGCUGGCGCUCGUCGACGCCGCGGGCGCGCUCACGACGCUCCGGGUGGAGGCCCAGUCGCUGCAGGUCGGUGCCAGCUACAGGCUCUGCCUGGACGUGGACGGCGCCUACGGGGCCUUCGAGUACGGUGACGCCGGCGAGGUCUACGUCUCCCCGGUGACCUCCCUGGCGACGAGGGCGAUCCAGGCGUCGCCCGGCCAGCAGGUCUCGUUCCAGUGCCCGCAGUGCCGCGUGACCUCCGUGGCGUUCCUGGCCGCCAGCUGCGCCGCGGCCGCGGCGGCGAGCACGCCGGAGCGCACCGCGCCGGU